AAAACCCCUCCCCUUGAAUUAAAACUCAUAAACUCACUCAUAACUCCUCACAUGAGAAACAACUCCGCACACUUCCCCCCGAGUCCUCAUCGAUCGGGCGCAAACGUGGUGCGCCGCGACGCGCCCUCUUCAGCAGCACCACUCUCUCACUUCGUCCGCCCUCGUCGUCACGGUUGAAGCCAGAUGAGUACCGGAUCACGAGAAGCGUAAAAGUCCUGAAAAAAAAAAAAUCCCCCAUAAAUCCUCGAAACCGUAUUGUCCCAUCACCUUGUGAUCACCAAGUGCUUGAGACCAAAAAACGCAGUGAAGUGAACCCGUGAACUUGUUUGUGAACCCCUGACAAUGUCCUAAAACACUGAAAAUACACCGAAACCCGAUCAAAAUGCACCGGUGGUCUGGGCAAAGAUCGCGCAAAAAACCCGUUGCCGCUUAGUACCCGACCAAAAACAUUGACAAAGCUAAAGCUAAGCCCAAAACAAGUGAUAGGGUUGAUCAACAGAGCGAGCGCAAGGUUGAGAAAUAAGUGUUCAGCCCCCUGAGACAAGCCGACAGCUCCCCCUGAAGUCCCACUCCCUCGAGAAAAAAAGCUCGGGGUCAACUUGAGGGUCAACAAGCCAACAGUAUCACCAAAUACCUCAUAAUGUUUUGCUUCCAAAGUCCGUUCACGCGCACGCUUAGGUCUACGCCAUCAACGACGGUCACGACCCCGUCCCUGUCAGCUCCUGCGUCAUCUAAAAUGAGUAUAGACACGACCCAGUUGACGGAGCUGUCAGACACAAACAGACGUGCCUCAGAAGCGGACUCCUGCUCGUCAAUCCGCUACAUUGAUCAGGCAUCAAUAUCAGAGAGCAGUAGUACAGACACCCUGCCAGGUGCGCAAGCCGACUACUGCGAGUCAGAUCCGCUGUCACCAGGACCAGGUGCUGUCCUAGCACCGCUGGCCUCCCUGGAGAUAGUCCAGCAGGUGCCGCAGGUUGGCAAGACUUCGCCCAAGAAAUGGCGAAAGAAGUUUCUGCUUCGUCUGAAGGCUAACGAGAACUCCGUCGUCCUCAACACCAAGAAGAUGGUAGACGGCAAGGCGAAUUCGGUGGAUGAUAUUCCGUCGUUGAAUGGCUUCAGCGAAGACGAGGACGACGAUGACGAGGACGAUGACGAGCCGGAAGCUGAAACGGAGACCGAGGAGGGAUCCUCUCUACCGUCUAGUCCUGCAGCUGCGAUAUCAGUUGGUCUUGCACCACCACCAGUUCCCUAUCAGCCGUACUACAACUUCUUGUCAGUCAACGGUGGCAUGAGACAGGAGACAACUAGUACGAGUUCACCGCAGUUGUCCACCGGCACUGCCACCAUCGACGGAGACGUCUGCCCGGAGAAGGCUGAUACACUGUCGGUUAAUGAUGAACUCAAGGGGAAUCUAGGACUGAUGAAGAAGGGUGACACUCUUGACGCGCCCAGUUGUCUUCCCGCUGCGAGAUCCUGCCCGAAUUUGGAACAGCAGUCGGUGGGUGGCUCCUCGGCCAGUGGCAGCUCCAGCCCCAGUCCCAGUCCUGGACCCGCUGGACCCAGGUUCAGACCCAUUGAAGAGGGCGAUGUUCAAGUCUGCUAUCUCAAUCAUACGAGGACACUUGUCAGCAAGAUUCUCAGCAGCAAGUUCCUCAGACGGUGGGAGACUCAUCAUCUCUAUCUGAAUGACGCCUGUUUGUCCUCGAAAACGUUGACUGGUUUCCUCCAACAACCAGUCCCCUACAGCAGCAUGUCGGAGGUGUACGCAGUGGCCCGAUGGGAUCCCACAUACAAGUAUUGCCUGAGAAUCGUUUUGCCGGACGGUUCCCUGUUGCUCCAAGCGAGCAAUGCAUACACGAGAGACCAGUGGUACCACUCCAUCCUCUGGAAGAAAAGUAUCUUCAAAUACCAGCACUUGGUCUCCCAGACCCACCGAGAAGAGGUGAUCCUCCGAGAACUGAAGACAAUGGUGGACUUUGCCCUCUGGACCCCUCUGCAAGACGAGAGGGUGAAUGGAGCGCCCCUGGAGGCAGUGGCGAAGCUCCUGGAAGAGCCAGUGCCCCCAGAAAUUGACAAGAGCAAUGACAAACAAAUUCUGGAGAUGGAGGAGUUGCAGAGCCAGCGGGAUCAGCGGUCAUGGGCUGAGUCUGUCCUCUCGGUGGCCUCACCACUCCUGGAGAAGGCAGCCCCUCCACCAGCACUGGCUAGGGCUCUGGCCAGACUCGCCCAGAGGCAUCCCAGAUCACCCCUGGUGCCCGCCCUGGGGCCAGCCAUCACCAGGUGCUUGAAGCACACUGUGGACUUCGGCAAAUCGCCGGAUAUGAGGAAGCUCAUUCAGAUGUUCAUAGCUGCUCUCUUCGAGAGUAAUGAUGGUGAACAGUCCAUUAGAGAUUAUGUGGCAUCCGUUCAUGGCCCCGGAAGCGACUGCCCUCAUCCCAGGGUGCUCCCGAAUCUAGUCUCCAUCUGUGUUGCUGCCAUUUUUCACAGAUUCGAAGUCUCAAAUCGAGGGCCCUUGAACACUGGAGAGAAAUUCCAGCCGCCGCCACUUCAGUGCUACUUACACGUCCUAAAAAUAGCAUCGGAAUACGCCGACUGGAGGCCAGGUCUGGGUGCCCUUCUGCAGCCAGUGCCCUUCCCAGAGGCUGCCCUAGCCGACAAAGAGGUCCAAGCGUCAGUCCUCUCGUGCGUCAUGAGACGAUUGGCUGAUGAUUCAAGGUGUUCAGUUCAUCGUGUACUCCUGCCAGUGCGUGAGCCACGACCCGGUUGGCUCCACAUCGCCGCACCCUCAAGUCCGGCUUGUCCCGAUGACGGAGCACUCUUCGGCGAAAUGUUGACAUCCCUAUUGAGCUGCUGCUGUCGUCGAAAGAAGUUCAUAGCUUCGCUGCUAAAGCAAACAGGAAGUGCAUGUAUACUUCUAGCGGUGCGUGGUUGUGAUGCAGCGCAAGAGGCCCUGUGUCUAAUGUUAGAAUGGCGUUUACUUCCGAACGAGGAGGCUCGCCUCCAAGUCGUUUCCGCUCUGCAAUCGACAGCCUCCGGCAAGACGCGCUACAACAGCCUCUGCCAGCGCCAGAGGAAUCUUCAAGAAUUGCAACAGAAAGGUGGACCGAAGAAAUUAACUCUGCCAGUUCGUGCAACUGACGCUGACGUAGCUCUGCUGCUGGGAGGUGGUGCCCUGGGCAAUUUGGAGUGCCUCAGUCUCGCUUUCACGUCAGUUACGUCUGCCUGCGCUGAGCAACUCAUCAAAUUACCAGCCCUCAGGUACUUGAACUUGUGGGCGACGCAGUUCGGCGAUGCGGGGCUUCAGAUGAUUAGCGAACAUCUUCAGAAACUUCAGGUGCUCAAUUUGUGUGAGACACCGGUGUCGGAUAAGGGCAUUUCCACACUAGCGUCGCUAACGAGCCUCAGGAAACUGAACCUCAACAGCACAAAAUUAUCAGCCCAGACGUUCGAGUCCUUGAAGAAGCGUUUGCCAGCUCUUCAGGAGUUCGACGUACGCUACACUGAGGCCUGGUGACCCGAGCCAAUACCUCUGACUUCACCGAGUGCUCCAGAAAUUCGUAACAACGGUACAAUUGAUAAUUACAGUGCACGUGCGAAAAUACGUCAUUGAAGACAAUUGGGGUGAUGUCUCGAGGGUGUUGGAGGAACUAUACUGUUCUGGAAUAUUAUAUUCGUACAUUUGUGAUUGAUUCUGAUGGAGAGAUGAAUUGAAAAUGGCGAUAUAACGAAUUUGGGAAUUGAGAGAUGACAUUUAAGGAUUUUAUUCGUCUCUUCAUCACUCUUGAUGAACUAAAUAAUUGUUGUGUUAUUCGUGGGGGUGAAAUAUACCCCCAGAGGGGGGAAUGGGUGAUACUACCGUCGACGACAGUCAAAACAUUUUCAAAGUUAGGGUUUGGUAUUGAUUAUGGGUUUAAUUCUGUGAUUAUCUCGGAAACUAGGCGGUGCAGAGGAAAAUGUCAGAGAACAUUUUUUGUGGGGAAUUUGAUUAUCCAUAAAAACGUUCUUCUGAUAUUUUCCUCUAAAAUCAUUAGUUUUCGAGAUAUCUGAGAAAGAAUAGGGGGACCUUCUUGUUCUCCACUACUUUCCUAACAAAUUGUUGAAUAACAAAUGAUAGAGGAGAUAAAUUGAGUGGUACUCGUGGAUGGGCCUUCUUGGACGGUUUUCCUGGAUUCCCGUGCGCCUCUUCUUGAAGUCAUCGUCCCGAAAUGUCCUUCAACUCUCAUAGAGACAAUUUUGAGUCCACCAGGAGGCACACGAGAGAAUCGCGAAAGUACAUGAUCGAACGAAGGGGAACAACUAUUACCAAAACAAUAAUCAACAUUGUUUCUGUCCUUUUUAAGUGAUUGAAUUAAUUAAAAAAACGACUUACUCACUCGUCUAAGGGUGCCCAACUGCCUUAAAACUAUUAUGAAGUUCUGAGCGAGCACUGCCACACAAUAAAGCACACAGGGACGCAGAAAAUUGUAAUUGAAGCAUUAGAGGAGGAUAAUAAAGUCUAGGUGUGAUUGAGUGAAGUAAAAUGAUGAUUACUAUCACCUCGAGUAUUUUUUUCUCAUAUUUUUGGCUUUGCAAAAUCGAAUUUAACCAUGAGAAACGAUUGAAAUAUUUCAUUCCAUGGGAGUGGUAAAACAGACAUUUAUCGCUGCAAAUAUCUCAGAAAAUGGUGGAUUUAGAUGAAAAUGUAAUUUCACAUUUUCGCUGAACCUUACAUUUUCGGAGAAAUCAACGAAAAAAAUGAUCUUGCCACUUCAAUUGCUACUCAAUUCUGUCAGUUUCUCGGUAAAAUGGACAUCAGUCAUUUGAAAAAUCACGGAAAAUACUGUCUAAACCCUCAAACAAUGAUCUAGAUGUUCAAUGUUCAUAAGAGAUAAUUCUAGAAACCGUGAAUCUGUCGUUCCAGAGCGAAUAAUGUUCUAUAUUAUGGAAAUAACCUUCGUACUUACCCCUCUAACCUUCAAAUCACGUUAUUACGUCGACGAGCGACGAAUCAAUCCAUUGUUCACUGAUACACAACACUUUAUCACACACGACUUCACUAUUUUCGAGUAUUUUUACUGUUAAAACUCACCGGUGGCGUCUGUUUCUGUGCCAUACGCGGAACAACGCAAUGUUACUCAUCGACACUGUAGCUCCCACUGUUAGCCCUCAGCCCCCCACUCCCGCUCUUCUAUCCCCGCCACUUCCGACUGAUGUUCUUCCUCAAUUUUUUCCAUGGAUUUUAUUGGUUGAAAUAGUGGAUACAGGAGAAAUUAGUUGAUUUUUCAGGUGAAGUGGUAAAAGAAAAUGAAAAACAAAAUUGUUAAUUGAGGUUACGUUCCGAUAUCUCUUCAAGUCGUCACUUUAGAGAAAAAUGCCAUUAAAUUUUUUUUAUAGCUUUUAUAACUUUUUUUGUAGUCUUUGAAUUUUUCCAUAAGAAAGGUAGAAUGGUAAAUUUUCCUAGGCCGCUUCCCUUUCGAGAUAUUACCGAAAAAUCCAGUAAUUCAUUCGUUCUCAAUUUGUUUUCCCUUCUACCACUUCACAAAUUUAUCCUUUUACUUCAUGAAAUCACGAAAAACAAAAUGAAGUAAAUUAUAGUUUAAAAUUGCCGUUCGACUCUAGUAUCCGUAUCGAAGGGCUUAGAAUUGUCUUCUCAAAAGUAUUUCGGGGACGAGAGUUUCUCUAGUGUAAAUAGUUAAGCAGGAUUAAUAAUUUAUUGUAGUUAGGAGAAUAUUUAUAUGUUAAACGACUUAAACGUAAUGAAUAAUGAAUUAAAAAUCCAUUAAGAUGAUCGCACACGCUGAGAUCAACACAAGUGUUGCAAAGAGGAAAAAACUAAUAAAAAAAAAAAUCUAUGCGUGAUAGAUUAAUUAUAAACGAAACAGGAUAAUUAGCAAAAAAUCGAAAACAAGAGUAAGAGAAGCUAAUUGUGAAGUUAUUACGAGUGAAGAAGUCUAACUUGUCUGAUAAAUUUAUGGAAAAUUAUGAACAUUUAAUGCAUACCUAAAUGGAUAGGAUGACUGAUUUCUGUAUUUAUGGUUUUUUAAUUGAAAUUGGGUAUCUACAGGUGGAGCAGUCCCUGCAGCAAAUGGCUGUUCACAAAAUUAGGGGAAUCCCACGAAAAAGAAAAUUCCUAAAAGCCAUUUACCAGCAGCAACUGCUCCACUUCCAACCUAUAUCCUUAAAAUAUAUUUGCGAAGCUGCGAGGGGAGCAAGCAUUGUAAGAAAGACUGCUUACGUCAAUUUUCAAUAAGAAAUUGUUAAGUUAGAAAUGAUGAAAAUUAUCUCAGAAUUUACUACCAAAAACAAAAAGUGAAAAAAAAAACGAAAAAAAAACGUGAUCUUUGUGAAGUUUUUAGUUCUGUUGAAGAGGCAUUUAUACACAUGCGAAUUUUCAUUUACAGGGACUAAAUUUGUGAAAUAAAAAACGUUAUUGAAUGAUUAUUAACAAAGUCAUGAGCGUCUUUGUGUCUUAUAUGCAUAAUAAAAUGACGUUGAAUAUUUCGACUCGAUGAUUCCACAUAAA